GUCGGGGACCAGCAAUGUCAACGAGACCAGCUACAUCGUCUCGGACCAGGAGCAGAAGCAGAAGCUCGCGAUCUGGUUCGACGACCUCGGCACCAGCAUGCCUUUAUACGGGGUGGGCGAGUUGAAGAAGGCGGUGGUCAACGAGCUGUCGUUCUACAACAAGUACGAGGUGACGAAUUUGAUUGCCUGCAAGGCGAGCUACUACAAGACGGCUGCGAAGGACAUGCCCUCCCCGAUAGAGACGGGCUGGGAGGUUGGAGACAGCGGCCUGCCAGACUCUUUCGCCAUCAAUGACCACGCUGAGGUCAUCGCGGCGCUGGGCUCGACUGUUCGCGCCAUAGCCCUAGGCCCGUGCGACUUCACGGGGCACGACGCGGACUUGCUAGACGAGGAGAAGUCGCAGCCCCACAUGGAGUCGAAUACCGACUACGAGAAGUUCCCCAUUUGUAAGCAAUUUCUGGCCAAGCUGUCGGGGCCGAACUGCGACGCCUUCUCCAAGGGCUACGACAUCGGCUACGGGGCAGCCCUGGUUGCCACAAUGCAGCCUUGGAGCCAGCUGGGGACGAUGGACUUGGGUGACGGGCAGAAGGCGACAAUCCAGUACGUGAUAUCGGGGACGAGCAGCACGGGAUCUCCUGCGGCGGCAGCUCCGACUUCGGUUACGGCGGCAAGCCGCACCGCACUUCCUACGGCGAAGGGUCCGACUUCGGCUACGGCUGCAGCUUCGAAGGGCGAUCCGAACGAGAGUUCCCGCGAGUCCAACAG